CCACUGUGUGGCGACGUCAUGACUCCAACCCCAGCCUUGAAAGACGCGUCGCGCGGAUACAGUAGGCAGCUUCAUUCAAUUUCAUUGACUGUAAAUGGAAGCUUAUUUUUUUGUUUUUCGCGUUGCGUUGCUAGCAAUGUAGAUGGGUGCAAAGGGUUAACUGUGAUGUCAGCUGCAGAGGCAGGGACUGCUACUCACUGCAAACAGUUUCCACCCUGCAUUAAAUACAAUACCAACACAGUCCGUCAGUGAACAGACCGUGUGUCAAACGGUAGAGACAAAAUACAUGAGCGACGAGCAGCGAACAUCUGUCGGAUUCAGCCGCGUCCGACGAUCUACUAAGUACUUUUGAAUGGCUGUGACAUCCUAACGUCUCUGCCGUAUCCCACAGUCAGACCAUGAACUACGUGGGCCAGCUAGCCGGUCAGGUUUUUGUGCAGGUGAAGGAGCUGUACAGAGGCCUUAACCCCGCCACCCUGUCCGGCUGUAUUGAUGUAAUUGUGGUGCGUCAGCCCGACGGCACUCUGCAGUGCUCGCCUUUCCAUGUCCGUUUCGGCAAGAUGGGAGUGCUGCGCUCUCGGGAGAAAGUGGUUGACAUUGAGAUAAAUGGGGAGCCGGUCAGCUUACACAUGAAACUAGGUGAAAAUGGAGAGGCAUUCUUUGUCAAAGAAACAGAAAGUGAUGAGGAGAUGGUGCCGUCCCACUUGGCUACAUCGCCCAUAAUUUCAGAGGGCUCUGCCCUAAUGCAGGCCCAAGUUGGAAAAGGCACGUCCCGUCUGUCUGACUCUGGAAACGAAACCUCCAUUCAAACCCUGGGAUCCAUGCAGGCCCCUUGUGACAGUUCAAUAAUGAAGAAGCGAAGGAAGAGAAGGAGAAAAUCCCAAGUAGACAGCAUGAAGCGAGAGGACAACGGAGACUUUUCAGAAGACGAAGACAUGUUUCCCAUUGAUAUGAGUUCUGAUGAUGAUACAGAGACUACAGGAAGCAGAGCCAUGUCACAUGAACUAUUUGCUGAGCAGGUGAAAGGAACUAGCAGCACAUACACACAGUAUGAAAGGAACUGGACUGCUGUUCAAAGCAAAGGGUUGGAGAAGAUCUGCUCCUUACCCAUUCACACCAAUUCAGAAUUGUCCAUUUCCUGCCCUCAACAAACAGCCAUGUUUCAGUCCACACCCAGCAGCCCAAAUGGCUCCUUGCCAUCUACACCCAAGAGUGACUCCGAAUUGCUGGCCAGUCAGAGGAGCGAAGGAAAACCGGACAACCCUGAGAUGCUUUGGACAUGGGGAGAGCUGCCUCAUGCUGCCAAGCCCAUGUCGGAGCCCAUGGUGGUGACCCCAAGAUCAAUCCCACCGUCUGAAAGCACACACUUCAGAGCCAUCUCUGGGGAUGGGAUGGUGGAGUCUCACGGCAGUGAUGUGUAUGUGGCUGAUCUUAGGGUUGAAGAGGUAAGAUCUGCUGCUGCUGUAGAUGUGGAGGCCAUCAGUGCAGCCGCCCAUCUUAUCACAGACCCAGAAGAGGGGCGGCACAGUCCUGGAGCUCAUGCCAUUAGCAAGACAGACUCUCCAUCCAAGAGAAAAGACAAAAGGAGCCGGCACCUGGGAUCAGAUGGAGUAUAUCUGGAUGACAUCACAGAGUUGGAGCCUGAGGUGGCAGCCUUGUACUUUCCAAAGAGUGAUGGAGCAACUUCUGUGAGGGGUGGGGCAGAUUCGAGAAGUGCCAGUCAGUCCCCUCAGUCAGUAGGCAGCAGUGGAAUGGACAGUGGGGUGGACAGCUUUUCUGACCAGUUAGGAGACUUGCAUCAUAUUGCCAUCUCUCUAUGUGGAGGACUGACAGAAAACAGAGAGAUCACUAGAGAGGAAUUUGAGGAACGAGCAAUAUCUUAUCAGGAGUUUGCAGAUAAUCCAUCUAUCAUUGAUGAUCCCAACCUGGUCAUAAAGAUUGGCACUAAGUAUUAUAAUUGGACCACAGCCGCUCCUAUCGUACUAGCCAUGCAGGUUUUCCAGAAGCCCUUGCCAAUGUAUUCCUGCCUGAGUUAUGUCUACUCUGCUCUUGGUUUCUUCACUUACUGUUUUCCUAGCGUGUUCGGCUCUAGCCCUGCCACAGUGGAGAACAUCAUGAAGGAGAAGAUGCCCAAGAAAGGAGGACGCUGGUGGUUUUCAUGGCGGGGCAGAAACAACAGCUCCAAAUCGGAAUCAGCAUCUGACCAGAUUGAAGGUGGAGAGGAUUCUACAAGAACAGCAUCUGUGAGCAGAUUAAAGGAUGAAUCAUCAUCCAGUGAAGAGGACAGUGGAGGUACUAAACAGAAUCCUGUGAGCAAUCAGCCCGAAGUUCUCCACUGCACUGGAGGCCACUGCUACAGGAAGACACUUCGUUUGUCCUCAGAACAGCUAGCCAGUCUGCACUUAAAAGAUGGCCCCAAUGAUGUGGUCUUCAGCGUCACCACCCAGUAUCAGGGCACCUGCCGCUGUGAAGGCACCAUUUAUCUGUGGAACUGGGAUGACAAGAUAGUGAUUUCAGAUAUCGAUGGCACCAUCACAAGGUCUGACACCCUGGGACACAUUUUACCCACACUGGGUAAAGACUGGACACAUCAGGGCAUUGCCCGACUCUACCACAAAGUCAGCCAGAAUGGCUACAAGUUUAUGUACUGUUCAGCUCGGGCAAUUGGCAUGGCUGAUAUGACCCGGGGUUACCUCCACUGGGUUAAUGAAAGAGGCACCAUGCUACCCAUGGGACCUGUGCUGCUUAGUCCCAGUAGUCUGUUCUCUGCGUUACACAGGGAGGUCAUUGAGAAGAAGCCAGAAAAGUUUAAAAUUGAAUGUCUGAACGACAUUAAAAACCUGUUCUAUCCAAGCACAGAACCCUUCUAUGCUGCUUUUGGAAACAGAGAAACAGAUGUUUAUUCAUAUAAAGAGGUUGGAGUGCCUUUGAACAGAAUAUUCACUGUGAAUCCUAAGGGAGAGCUCAUCCAAGAACAUGCAAAGACCAACAUAUCAUCUUAUGGACGUCUAUGUGAGGUCGUGGAUCAUGUCUUCCCUCUUCUGAUAAGAGGGAACACCACCGACUUCCCCUGUUCAGACACCUUCAGCCAGUUCACCUUCUGGAGAGAGCAGUUACCAGAGGUAGACAAGCAGGAUCAACAUGCCGAGAGCAGCUGAAAGGACAUACAGUUCUGUAAAAAGAUAGCAUCCUCUACAAACUCAGCUCUGACGUUGCACUGCCACAGGUAUUCCUCUACGCACAAGCAACUUAGCACUUUCCAGACCGCAUGCCACUCUCUGCCUGGUCCUUCAUUAUUUGACAUUUUUAUAAACAUUUAUCACUUCUGUGUGUGCUAAUAUUUUGUUUUACUGGAAAUAAUCUGGUAGAAUAUUACACAGCUCAUAUUAGGGAAUUUGUUUAUUGUUUAUUGAUGAGGUUACAGUUAUUUUAAAGUCCCAAAAGCGUUAUUCAUUACCAACAAGACAAUUGCAUUAUGCUAUAAAAAAAAUGUCUAUUGGCUUUGUCCAAUGAUGUAAAGAUGUAUGAGGGAACACAGUUAUUUUAGUACAUAGUAUAAAAAGUUUUUGAGCAUUUGUUAUAAAACAUGCUGGGAGAAAUUUAAAAGUUUAAUCAAAUUAAAAAAAUAAAAAACUAUAAUAAAUAAACUCAGAUGUAGGUAUAAAGCCAGCUUUAGUAUAUCUCAGGUGACACAGAAUUCACACAAGGUAGUCUUUUGAAACUUAAAGUGACCUUUCAUAAUAAAAAAAUAUUAACUGUCAGUCUUCAUGUUUUUUUUAACAUCUAAAUUAUUUUACUACUUCAUUUCCUUAACAACAAAACAACAAACGCAAGUGGAUCAAUCUUAAUUGUGCAUCCUGGACACCUUUUUACCACAUACACACUUUACAUUUUGCCAAAUGCUUAUUAUUAUGUGAUAACUUUGCAUUCCUUAUCAUUUGUGUGUAUUUUAUGUAAAGUUCAUAACUCUGACCAGCAAAUAUGAAUCAUGCAGAAAAACAGAAA